CGCGAGUUUUGUGUGUGUGAGUGAGUAACUCACUCCUGUGAUCUUCUCAUGUCACUGACUUCCUUCUUCAGAGGGGAUCAUUGAGAGAUCAGACCCCUGUCAGACACUGUGAAGCCAAGGGCUGUCGUGAUGUCGGAGCCCAAAGCACCCGUCCCGGCUCCUGGAGACACCUAUAAAGGCUGGCUCUUUAAAUGGACUAAUUACAUCAAGGGAUACCAAAGGCGAUGGUUCGUCCUGAGCAAUGGCUUGCUGUCUUACUACAGGACCCAGGCGGAGAUGGGUCACACGUGUCGGGGCACCAUUAACCUGGCCACAGCCAAUAUCGCGGUGGAGGACUCGUGCAAUUUCGUCAUCUCUAAUGGCGGCACGCAGACGUAUCACCUGAAGGCCAGCUCAGAGGUGGAGCGGCAGCGGUGGAUCACAGCACUGGAGCUGGCCAAAGCCAAAGCUUUCCGCAUGCAGGCCGAAUCAGAUGAUUCCGGGGACGAGUCCAGUCCUCCUGCGGCAGGACAGGGUGGAGGCUCACGAAACUCAGAGGUGCAGUCCACGCUCCGGACCCUGAGCAGCAAAGUGGAGGAUCUGAGCACAUGCAACGACCUCAUCGCCAAACACGGCUCUGCGCUUCAGCGGUCCUUGUCUGAGCUGGAGGGCGUUCGGUUGGAAGGACAGACGAGUGAAAAGAUUCGGCAGGUGACGGAGCGAGCCACGCUCUUCCGCAUCACUUCCAACGCCAUGAUCAACGCCUGCCGGGACUUCCUAUCAUUGGCUCAGGCUCACAGCAAGCGUUGGCAGAAAGCCCUGCAGGCCGAGAGAGAGCAGAGAGUCCGACUGGAGGAAACACUGGAGCAGCUCGCCAAACAACACAACCAUCUGGAGAGAGCCUUCAGAGGAGCGACUGUUCUGCCUCCUUCCCAGAGCAACCCUGCCAUAGACAACAAAGGCUCAGCUCCAGUAAAGGGCGACGCCAGUGACGAGGACGAUGAGAACGAAUUCUUCGACGCGUGCGAGGACGUUCAAGAGUUUAUCACCGUUCCAGCAGACCCCAAAUAUCACAGGAGAUCUGGGAGCAAUGUCAGCGGAAUCAGUAGCGAGAUGGGAAUGGAUGACGGGACGACGUCGCUAGACGAGCAGUCUGUGGCAUCCAAUCCCGAGUCUCCUCAGUCCCAGGAGGUGGUGCCUAUGAUGAAGAGACGGGCCCGAAUCCCAGAUAAACCGAAUUACUCUCUCAAUCUGUGGAGCAUCAUGAAGAACUGUAUCGGAAAAGAACUCUCCAAAAUCCCUAUGCCUGUGAACUUCAACGAGCCCCUGUCCAUGCUGCAGCGUCUCUCAGAGGAUCUCGAGUACUACGAACUGCUGGACCGGGCGGCCAAGUGCCAUAACUCUCUGGAGCAGAUGUGCUACGUGGCAGCUUUCACCGUUUCCUCAUACUCAACUACAGUUCACCGCACGGGCAAACCCUUCAACCCUCUGCUGGGAGAGACGUUUGAGCUGGACCGUGCCCAGGAGAGCGGCUACAGAUCCCUCUGUGAGCAGGUAAGCCAUCACCCUCCGGCUGCGGCUCAUCAUGCAAUCUCCGAGCGAGGCUGGACCCUGAGACAGGAGAUUGCCCUGGCCAGCAAGUUCAGGGGCAAAUAUCUCUCCAUUAUGCCCCUGGGCUCUAUUCAUUGCAUCUUUGAGAAGAGUAACAAUCACUACAGCUGGAAGAAAGUCACAACCACAGUUCACAAUAUAAUCGUCGGGAAACUCUGGAUAGAUCAGUCAGGAGAAAUAGACGUUGUGAACCACAGAACAGGCGACCGCUGUCAUCUCAAAUUCGCCCCGUACAGCUACUUCUCCAGAGACGUGGCCAGAAAGGUCACGGGGGUUGUGACGGAUAAAGAUGGGAAAGCGCACUUCGUUCUGUCUGGGACGUGGGACGAGAAGAUGGAGUACUCUCGUGUGAUGCAGAGCAGCAGAGGCGGGGAGAACGGUGCCGAAGGACGACAGAAAACCGUCUAUCAGACGCUCAAAGCCAAAGAGCUGUGGAAGAAGACGCCGCUGCCGGAUGGAGCUGAAAACAUGUACUACUUCUCAACACUGGCGCUGACGUUGAACGAGCCAGAGGAGGGCGUUGCCCCCACGGACAGCAGGAGGCGUCCGGACCAGCGUCUGAUGGAGCAGGGCCGCUGGGAGGAGGCCAACGCAGAGAAACAGCGGCUGGAGGAGAAGCAGCGCACCGUCCGCCGAGAGAGAGAGCGAGAGGCCAACUGCUCCGCCAGCCCUUCCGAAGAGGGCAAGGAGCCGGCAGACGGGGCUCUCAUUGAGGACUCAAUAUCUGACUCGCCACUAAAAACUGAAGAAGUCGAGAUUGCCAGUGAGCCCUCUGAGACCACUUACAAAAGCAAGUACCAUCCCAUCCCUCUCCCUAAUCAAUCUGUUUCCCACGUUUAUCAUCCAAUCAUCUUCAUCUUCCAUCUGUCUAUCCCUCCAUCAGCUGACAUGGAUGAAACUUCCUCCGAUCUUUCGCUCUCAAGCAAGUAGCAGAAUCAACACAAACCAUAGCUGCGUAGUGUCGCUUAGGCCUUAGUUUUCACACUUAGUGCGAUUGCUUAGUU